AUGGCCUCCUUGCCCCGGACCGUGCUGAUCUCUGGCUGCUCCUCCGGCCUCGGCCUGGAGCUCGCCGUGCAGCUGGCUCGGGACCCCAGGAAGCGCUACCAGGUGGUGGCCACUAUGAGGGACCUGAGAAAAAGGGAGACGCUGGAGGCAGCUGCAGGAGAAGCCCUGGGGAAGACUCUCACUGUGGCCCAGCUGGACGUGUGUGAUGAUGAUUCUGUGGCCCGGUGUCUGAGCCACAUCGAGGGCGGGGACGUGGAUGUGCUGGUGAAUAAUGCUGGCACGGGCCUGGUGGGGCCCCUGGAGGGGCUCAGCAUCGCCACCAUGCAGAGCGUCUUUGACACCAACUUCUUCGGGGCCGUGCGUCUUGUCAAAGCGGUGCUUCCGGGCAUGAAGAGGAGGAGAAAGGGCCACAUCGUGGUGGUCAGCAGUGUCAUGGGGCUGCAGGGUGUCACGUUUAACGACGUCUACGCUGCCUCCAAGUUUGCACUGGAGGGGUUCUUUGAGAGCCUGGCCAUCCAGCUGCUCCAGUUCAACAUCUCCAUCUCCCUGGUGGAGCCAGGCCCAGUGGCCACUGACUUUGAGGGGAAGCUGCUGGCUCAGGCGUCCGUGGCUGAGUUCCCGGGCACCGACCCUGAGACCCUGGGCUACUUCCGAGACCUCUACCUCCCGGCCUCCUGUCAGCUCUUCCGCUCCAUGGGACAGAGCCCGCGGGACGUGGCCAAGGCCAUUGUCAAGGUCAUCGGUGCCACCCGGCCACCCCUGCGCAGACAGACCAACACCCGCUACGUCCCACUGAUGGCGCUCAGAGACCUGGAUCCCUCUGGUCGCCUGUAUGUGCGAAUCGCCCACCGCCUGCUCUUCCGCUGGCCACGAACCCUGCACUUCAGCCUUCGCUGCCUGGCCUGCGGCUGCCUUCCAAACCGCGUGAGGCCACGGUGAUCGGAGCCUCACUGGAUCCUGCCCAGCCUUGAACAGCACUGAGGAUGAAACUCAGGGCCUUCACACUGAGCCACACC